AUGACUGCUUUACAGACACAUGACGAAGUUGGGUCUUUUUCAAGUUUUCAGCAAAAUGCAUUAGAGAUGAAAGUCCAUCUUCACUACAAGAUCAACAUCGUAUGCCCGAACCCAGCCAGCUUGUUAUCAGAACAGGAUUCCAGCACACCCAUUGAACAAAUGUACGAAAACAUGUGGAUUGUGAGUAAAGACGAGUAUGACAAAUGCGUUGUCAACAAAAGCAUCUCUGGCGACUUCAGUAAACGAAAUCUACUAAAAUGUCAGAGUCCCUUGCAGUUGACGUAUUAUGAGAUGGUAUUUAGAGCCUAUAGCCCACCAGAAGGAUUAGAGUUUACACCAGGAAAGAAAUAUUACUUUAUAGGUAGGAAAUUAAAUGCCGUGAUGUUUUACUCGCCUUUUACAGACACGAGGUCUUUAACAAAGUAUCACAAAAGUAUUGAAAAAUAUGUUCUGCUUUGGUAGCAGCUGAAAGUAAUAUAAGAAACAGUGAACCUGUUAUUGGCUCGUUUCAACUUAAAUUGAGAACAUGUACCAAAGUAAAUAUUUAUCGCUACAAGAGACCAUUUUUCAACAGUUUUCUGAAAUGUUUCGACUGUUGGCAAUCAGUUUUUACUUCCUAAGAUAUUCUAGCUAUUCAUUAGAUUGAAGAAGGUGGCUCUAGACACGAAGCACAUGAGAUAACGCAAAUGCGAUAAUGCCUCGGUCUCUCGCAGAGGAGAGUCGUGUGGUAGGAAGCUUCCAUUGGAGCGAUCUAAAAAUCGAACCGCUUAAACACAGAAAUACGGUACAAAUAUGAGUUUUUUUUUUUUAAAAAUGACCUCCUAUGAUUUUUGCAAGGUUAAAUCUACGCAAGUUUGUCCUUUCUUUACAAAUUUUGUGUGGCGCACAUAUUUAUUUCUUUUGCAUUUUAUUUAUAACCUCUCCACUGUUCAGCGACGUCCAAUGGAAACAUUAACUCGAUCUCCAAUUAUGAAGGGGGACGCUGUGUGACAUAUAACAUGAAACUAAUAAUAUAUGUAUGCCGUGGCCAUACAGGUGAGAAGCAGAAUAAUAAAUUUAUCAUGGCUACGUAUUCUUAAUGUAGCAGUUGUCAUCCGUCGAGUGAUAGUUUUUGUCUAUAUAUUCUUUCUACUGUGUGAAAUCUUCCCCUUUUCUUUACCUUGACGAAAAAUUGAGCCACUGCGCCGCUAAUCUUUGCAUGCUGUCUAUGCAUCCGCUUUUAUGUUGAUAUCAGUACAAUUGACGUCAAUCGUAUUGAUAUAUCGGCAAAUAUCUCGCAAAUUUAGUAUUAAGCCUCGCUGGUUAUAGAUAUAGCUGGAACAUUUAAACCAAUUAGAAACGGGUAAUAUUUUGCACAAAUAUUAAUAAAAUUCAAAGUAAUAUUACUUGUCAUUACUUGUGGACCAUUCCUCGGUCCACAGUUAGGAAACUUACCAGCUGACUUACCAAAUUUUAAGGGUCAUACGUCCCAAGAGAGCGAAGAUAUUGCCUCACAAAGCCGCGAAAUUUUACAGACGUUUGUAAGGUCGGGGGAUCAAACUUGCCCCCCACGUGCCCCCCACCAUACAACCGUCUGUAAAAUUUUGCGAAUUUACAGAGCUAUAUCUUCGUAAGUUUUCAACAAGUUACUUUCCAACUUGGCAACUUUAUUGAUCUUAGGGUGUUCAUUCCAGUCGUGUUGACGGAUUUUCGGAAACUGGUCUCAGUCCGAAGAAGAGUUGAAAAAGCCGUGAAAGGGUCUAUUAUGCUCGAAAGAACGUUUUAUAUAUCUUCCCACAGUUUUAGUCAUUCUAUGAUAACUUUAUUUAAGGUUAGCACUUCCAAUAACAGCUAUAUAAUGGUUUUCAUGAUCAUGCUAAAUGACUAUUUAUAAUUUCUCUUACCAGAUCCGUAUUGCGAUGAUUUCCAGACUAUCAUUCCAUCUCCUUCGGUAGGUAAUCAAUCUCCAGUAUUACCUAUCAACACUUGCAGUUGCCAAUCAACUAGC